CCCCGUUGAAAAACACAAUAUUAUUUUAUUUUAUCUCUCUAGAAGUUUUAUAUAGUUUCUCUCUCUAGAAAUGCAGGAUCAAGCGGCCACGAGCUCCGUUGCGGCGAGUUUACAGUCAAGUAGUGAGAGAUCUUCUAGCUCUGCUCUUCAUGUUAAUGUCAAAGAAGGUAUGGAGAGUGAUGAUGAGAUCAGAAAGGUGCCGGAGAUAGGCGGAGAACCCGAAGCCGUCGGAGCAUCAGGAACAGGCAGGGAACCGGUGUCGGUAUCGCAUCCCGAACGGGUUCAAAGCGCGAUGGAAAGUACAAGGAGGAAGGGGAAAAGCCCGGCUGACAAAGAAAGCAAGCGGUUGAAGAGGUUGUUACGGAACCGAGUGUCUGCGCAACAAGCAAGAGAAAGAAAGAAGGCAUACUUGAAUGAGUUGGAAGUACGAGUUAAAGAGUUGGAGAAGAAGAACUCGGAGCUUGAUGAGCGUUUGUCUACUUUGCAAAAUGAGAACCAAAUGCUUAGACAUGUAUGUAUAUAUGUAUUUAUUUAUGUAUGUUUUGUCGAAGAUCUUCAUUGGAUUGUUGUUGUUGUUGUUAUGUGCAGAUAUUGAAGAACACGACGGCUGGUAUUCAAGAAAGGAAAUAGAAGUAGAUUUUGAUUUUGAUUUAGAAGGAUUUAGCACAUAUGUUGUAGUAGCUAGAGUUAAGAUUAGAAGUGAUGAUCAUGUGUCAUUGUCGUUUCUUGUGUGUUAAGGAACAUAAGUGAAGAUUGUGAUGGUUGAAGCUUUAUCUGAAAAUCUUAUAUUAUAUUAUAAUUAUUUUAA